UGGAUCCUCCAGUAUCAUAUCAGUAGCCGUUGUAAAUGUACAGUGCGAUUAUAGUUGUCAGGAAAAUUUCUAAACUUGGACCUGAUCGGCCACGCUAUGUACUCUUUCGCACUUCGCACCUGUUUGGUGUGCGCUCUACUUGCUGCAGUUUUUGCUGAGAUACCAUCAUAUAUAAAGAUAUGCAGUCGGACAGAUCCGAACAUAAAUAAGUGUAUUCUUAACUCGAUUGAGCAACUGCGAGGAAAAUUAGCCACCGGUAUUCAGGAAUUAGACGUUCCAGCAAUCGAACCGCUUGAGUUGAAACACAUACGUCUGUUAAGAGGUCCUCAAACCGCGCGAUUAGACGUUAAUCUCACUAAUUUACUGGUAUCUGGACCUUCAAAGUUUGAGAUUCGAAAUUUCAAAGCCGAUGUGAGCAAUUUGGUCUUCACCUACAAUCUUCAUUUCAAUCAGCUCGAUUUUCGCGGAAAAUAUAAGAUAGACGCAUCAAUUUUAUUGCUUAGACUAAUAGGAGAUGGAAAUGUUACUGGAUCAUUUUUUGAUUAUGAGAGUGACAGUUACAUGAAGGCAAACAAAAUCGUUAAAAAUAAUAAUACCUACAUAGAAUUCGAGAAAAUGAAAUUUAGGAUCAAGAUAGGUGGGGCUAAAAUCAAUCUUGACAACCUAUUCGGUGGCGAUCCAAUUCUCGGACCAGCGAGCAAUGAGGUUUUGAAUGCGAAUAGUGAUUUGUUCUUGGAUGAGAUAAAACCAGUACUGGAAGACGCUUUGUCAAACAUCUUCACAAAUGUAGCCAACAAGAUUACUGGGAGUUUUACAUACGAUGAAUUAUUCCCGAGCAAAUAAUCUUUGAUCAUUUUUCGUGAUUGUUUAUAUCCAAAUUGAUUAAAUCGUAGAUUUUAUACUUAAAUGAAUCUUUAAUUUUAAUACUCGUGGAGCAUCAACUUCACCAGGAAAUAGUUUAUUUUUUUAUAUAUAAUUCUUUUUUUUUAUAGUAUUUCGCAUUGCACAACUAUGAUAAUGCAAGCAGAAUAGACGUUAAGAUGAUAUCAAUGUGAUGGUGAAAUGACUACCAAAACUUAAUCUUUAAUCAUUUUUGCGUCAUUUUUAUGUGACUUUGUGUGUUGCUGGGGAAUGUAAUAUUUAUAUGUGCUGCAUAUAAAUAUAAUACAUGUAACUAUUUAACCGUUUUAAUUAUUUCACAUUUUGAAUUAUAAUAUUUUCAUGCUAAUUCCUUAAGUUAAAAAUGAGAAAUCUUUCUUUGUAAGAUAUUAUGUAUAUUAUGCAAGAUAUACGAUGUAUCUUGUAGAAGGAUAGUGUAAUUUCGGUUAUAGGAUAAAAUUGUUUCUUUGAGUCUGUAAGUAUAGUAUAACACUGAUAUGGAUACAAACAUGAAAAAAGUAGGAUUGUGUGAAUAAAAUAACAUAUUGAUUAUG